GACGCAGCUCCGCGCCCCGGCCAUGUGACGAAGCGCAGCGGCCUCUCCUCUCCGCUUUUCUCGGUCCUCCCUUCCCAGGGUUCAAUGAGCGCUGUGUGGCCCCACCCCGCGUCUCUUCAGUGCCGUCUGCCUCUUCAAUGUAGCCUGCUAUUCUCGGAGGAAGAGAAAGGGAGAAAAUAAUAAUAACAACCCCCCGAAGAGGCGCUUCUUGGACCGUGUUUCACCUUCCUCGGCCAGCGCCUUCCCCCUCGCCCUCCGGAGAGGAGCGGCCUUUCACGGUGGGAAUGUGCUGCUACAACAGCCCCGCGUCCUAUUUUUUCUCAAUGUAAAUGCACAUGUAAGAGUGUCAAGCCUGUGGCGUGUUUACUCUCCUCCGAUUCAAGGGGUUGAAUAUGUAAAUACCUGUUUGUGUGACAGUCUGUAGGUGUGUAAACAUUUAGAGGCCGUGUAAAAAACCCGAAGCCUGACAGCGGGGGUUGAUUUUUUUUUUUUUUUUUUUCACCUGCAAGAAACGUGGAUACAUUUUGAGAGAUUCUCGGAUCUUGGUCACGUUUUCCAUAUAUUUUCUUUAACCCAGCCGUUUUCAAAAAUCAGUUUUCUCUCGUUGAAGGAUUCACCUGACAUUUUCAAAAAAUAAGCAGUAUGUCGGUGCGCAGUUUUGGAGGGUCGGUAGUGAUGUGAAGGACUGAUAACACAUUUCUGCCACAAAAGAGAGGGAGGGAGCGAGAGAGAGAGAGAGAGAGAGAGAGAGAGAGAGAGAAGGCCCUCUGGAGGAGAAAAUACAGCAAGGGAACAGCCAUCACAAAUAAGGAGGACAAAUUGGUGGUCUCGUUUCGGAGUUGGAGGUGGCGACGGAAGACAACCGAAGCGAGUUUGGAGCUUGAUUUGAUGCGGAGAAGGAGCCGGAUGACGACGGAAGGAAGAAGAAUAUCAUACAUGUAGCUCGUUUGGGUUUACAUAUUAUUUGCCUUCCUGCUGUUCUGCUAGGUGGGUACCCGACCCAAGGCAGCCGUCGGGGAGAAAGAAAAAUCCACAGAAAUAGUGUAAUUGUACAGCUUCGGACAUGUUUGUUGCCAAAGACGAGAGGCGCCUCAGCCCGGCCGAGCCUUUCGGACACGCCGACUUCAGCUCCUUGUCACGGGCAGCAGUAAGACGCAAGACCCCGGCUUUCGGAGAUGCAAAUUAGGCUCUUUUCGCUGCCUCCGUUUGAGGUGAAAUCCCGUAUUUUAGUGUCGUAACGAACGCUGUGGAUUAUAAUUAUCUUCCAAUUAGUCGAGGGGGAGAGAUUAUAAGAAGGAAAACACACUAAAGUUAGGGUUAGAAGAGGGGGAAAAGCAGGACUGAAGCUAACAGAGAAAGGCGGCCUCCGUGUCGUCAGCAGCAGUAUCCUGCCUUUUUUCUGACAGCAAAAUACGCUUUAUACACAUUAUUUCUCCAGAAUUAAACUACCGACAGUUUUAGAAACAAUAACUGUGUAAAUGUGUGUUGCGUUGCUGCCAAAUCCGAGGGCCAAACGAGGGACCUAGAUCAUUUUUACUUAUUUAUUUUCGUUUCUACAUACUCCCCUCCCUCCACUGCUUCUACUUCUUCCACUCCUCUUCCUCCUCCCCUGGACCCCCAUUUUUUCUUUUUUUUUUCUUGCGGGAAGAUGGGUUGUUUGGGCAACAGUAAGACCGAAGACCAGAGAAAUGAGGAGAAGGCACAAAGAGAAGCUAACAAAAAGAUUGAGAAGCAGCUCCAGAAGGACAAACAGAUCUACAGAGCAACACACAGACUACUACUUUUAGGAGCUGGAGAGUCAGGGAAGAGCACCAUAGUGAAACAGAUGAGGAUACUACAUGUCAACGGCUUCAAUGCAGAAGAAAAGAAGCAGAAAAUUCAGGACAUCAAGAACAAUAUAAAAGAGGCUAUUGAGACCAUAGUAACAGCCAUGAGCACACUGACGCCACCAGUGCAGCUGGCCUGUCCAGAGAACCAGUACAGGAUCGAAUAUGUUCUCAACCUCGUCAACCAGAAAGAUUUUGACUUUCCAUCGGAGUUUUACGAUCAUGCAAAGACAUUGUGGCAGGACGACGGGGUCCAGGCAUGCUUUGAGAGAUCCAACGAAUACCAGCUAAUCGACUGUGCACAAUACUUUCUAGACAAGAUCGACAUUGUGAAACAGAAUGACUACACUCCAACGGAUCAGGAUUUGCUUCGGUGCAGAGUUUUGACUUCAGGAAUCUUUGAGACGAGGUUCCAAGUAGACAAGGUCAAUUUCCAUAUGUUCGAUGUUGGAGGUCAGAGAGACGAACGCAGGAAAUGGAUUCAGUGCUUUAAUGAUGUGACGGCCAUCAUCUUUGUGGUGGCCAGUAGCAGUUACAACAUGGUGAUCAGAGAGGACAAUCAGACCAAUCGACUACAGGAGGCCCUCAACCUCUUCAAGAACAUCUGGAACAAUAGGUGGCUGCGGACCAUUUCUGUCAUUUUGUUCUUAAAUAAACAGGACCUGCUUGCAGAGAAAGUACUAGCAGGGAAAUCUAAAAUCGAGGAAUACUUCCCUGAAUUUGCUCGCUACACCACGCCUGAUGAUGCGACACCAGAACUUGGAGAAGAUCCUCGUGUUACAAGAGCAAAGUACUUCAUAAGAGAUGAGUUCCUGAGGAUCAGCACAGCAAGCGCGGAUGGGAGGCACUACUGUUACCCCCACUUCACCUGCGCAGUCGACACAGAAAACAUCCGCAGGGUCUUCAACGACUGUCGAGACAUCAUCCAGCGGAUGCACUUGCGGCAGUACGAGCUGUUGUGAUGGGAACGCCAAAAACAUACUCUUGAAAAAGAUCGGACUACAGCAAAAGACACUGAACACUGGGUCUCUGAACUCCCCUCUUCCACGGAUGUGUGUUAGUGCCUGCAGCAAAAAAAAAUAAGGCCAAAGUACACACACACACACACACACCUCUGCAGUAAACGCACCCAAAACCCAGAGCUACCCCUGAUGCAAUGUCCCCAUGUGAUGUGGGAUUUGAUGAAGGGGUUUCAAGGGAUUAAAAGAGAAUUAAAAUAAAGACUCAAAUCUCCAGCUUCAGCCAUAUUCCAAGCUCCUCACCUUUCUGACGUCAAGUAUUGUCCUCCAUCACCCUGCUGAGAAGGGCCCAGUCCGGACUGAGUUUCCCAGCUUAGAGAGUUUUUUACAUCUGUGUUGAUAAAAACCAAGAGAGCUAAAAAUGUCAGUGCAAAACUGUUGAAUUACUGCAAAUAGAGAAUACAUGUGCCACCAUAGAUGAGCAGAACACGGCAUCUAAUAAAUAAAAAGGAAAACAAAAUGGAAUAAAUAAAAAAAAACAACACACAAGCACUGUGCUCAGGACUUAACUUGAAUUGUGUACACCAAACCUUCCUGUCUUCACGAACAUCUUUGAAUCCAGUGUGUCAAUUCUGCUUUCUCCUGGACAGCAAGCCCCAGGAAGGUGGGUCCUCCGCUCUGUUCACAAGCUGCUCGGCUUGCUGAGGUCUCAGCUGACUCAUCCUGAGUGAGAUUUAACCGGAUCGAGUUCAGACUCAAACAGACCUUCAGGGGUGUUGCCGCUCAUGGACUCCUUCGGAGCCGUUUUGCCUCAUUGGCAGAGGAGCCAAACUAAGGAGAACACAUAAAAUUUAAAAGAAAAAAAAAGCCAACUUUUGUGGAAUCAAAGAGGACAAAACUGCAUCCUCCAACAGUACAGUAUCGUAUAAAUUAACAAGAACUCUCAUCCUGUUUUACUGUCUCCACAGCUGUUUUUGUCUGUGUAGACUUUGUGCCAUUGUGCCCUGUGCGCUCAUUCUUUAUCUGUUUUGCCUACUCUCCAUCUUCAACCCCACCUUUAUUUUCUCCCCUUUCUUGCUCUCCACCUCUUCCCGUCUGAACUUUCCUCAGUGUCUUUAAGUGAAAAUGAGAUGUUACAAACCAGAACUUUGAAAAAGAAGACAGCAACCAGACCCCCCCCCUCAUUCUUGGCCCUUUUUUUUUUGUAUUCAUGUGGUUAAACGACCCGCCCGCCCCCACCCUGCCAUUCCUCUCCUAUCAUUCCUGACCCUGACCUCCUGCUUCUUCCUACGUAUGUCUUUACUUUACUGCUGAACUAUUAUUCUUGUACAGACUGUAAAAUGUAUUAUUUUGUACAACUUUAUUGAAGAAAAAAAAAGAAUUAACUUUUAGAAGAUCCCUGUGCCUUGAUCACGACUGUACGUGUGUAAUGAGCUAAAGUGGGUGUCAUACUGCGCUGUAUAGCUUGGCCAAUCCUCCCGACUCCUCCAUCCUCGCCUUUUUCUCAUCUUUCUUUAAACCCCGUCCCUUUCUGUACCUCCCUAAAUUGCUCUCUCUGUCUUCUCGUUUCCUCCUCAGAAAUGACAGAAAAAACCAUUUGUAGCUUUUGUAGUAUUUUUUUCUUUCUCCCCUCUUUCUCUCCUUCCCACCUCCCCACUAUUUUCCGAUUAUGAUUUAAAUGUCUAUUUUUGGAUCCGUAUACCCCAAAAAGAUAAAUAUAUGAAAUGUAUAUGGGUUUUAAAAAAAAAAAAAGUAUUUUAUUAGAAUCAAAUGAACCUUGACAAAUUGUACACUUGAUAGUGUGCGUAUUGCUAUAAGUUAAAUCCUUUCAACUGAA